GAACAAGCGGCCGAGUUAGGUAUCACUCUUCGUGCACUGCUAGGCCUUGAUGAGGCGCCAAUGAAGGACGUAGUAUUUACAUAUGUGAAGAAUGGCCCUCUCGUCGAGCCUGCGCAGGAAGAGGAUCUACCUCGACAAAUGCUAGGUCUGCUAAAUUGGUACAAGGGUUACAUAAAACAUAAAAACGCCAAAGAGUAUAUCUAUGCGGAAGUUAGAUAUGAGCAUCACUUCAAACAUUACUGGGUACAAAUUCCUCUGAGUGAAUUGUUCCAGCUGUUCAAUCUGCGCGACCUCGACAAAUCUAUCAUCAGUUGCUACGUUCUAAUGAAGAAGCGGGAAAUGCGAAUAAGGAACAUCCAUGAUGUUGGGUUCAUUGACCCACACAUCGUUAAUUCAUAUGUGUUAGAACACCACCCCGCCGACGUGGAGGAUGACCUGUGGCGGUUUAUUAGAAAACAGCAACAGAAAAGUGAUAUUCUAUUUCCUUACCAUUUUGGGUUCCACUGGAUUCUUAUGGUAAUUAAAGUUCAGACCUCCUCAGUUCUCGUCCACGACUCUCUGAAUAUGGAUCCGGCGCUUUGGGGCGACAUGAGAAAAAUGAUGCAAAAGUAAUUAUUUUCAUUCAUUUGCGCUCUAUAUCGAUCGGCCUAUUUCGUUCAUCAUUUCCUAAUAUCAAGUAACUAAUUAAUAACUCUCUUGUUUAUUUAAUUUUCUUUGCCUCGUAGGGUUUGGAGAC